GUGGGCCGUUCGGGCGGCGAAGACUGAUGCUGUGGGCUUCGUACCAGCCAACUUCUUGAGCCAUGCUGCUGAGAAAGUGACUUUGGACACAUAUUCACAGGACAAGAAGGAAGCCAACCUGCGAGUUGUUGGCGAAUUGCGCAAACGGAUUGCUGACAUUGCAGGGCAAGGUGAAUUCUUUCCAAGGAACAUGAUACCUGAGCCAGAGUUGUGUACGUCUGGUACAGAUCUGGAAAAACGUAACCGGCGGAACAAUGCCGGGCCCAUUGCACCACCACUGCCCCCUCACAACCCUGUGGGCCUUAUUGUACCUCGAAAACCGCAGAACCCAUGCCUUGAGUCAACAGACCACAAGAAUCUUCACAGAGAACUUCUCUUCAACCAGAAAAUUGGCAAAAAUGUGCUGAACCAGAAGUCAGAGCUGCAGAGGGCCCUUGAAAAACACAAAGAACAUCAGAUAAAGAAAGAGCUUGAGCAGCAAAAGCAAGAGAACAAGUCUGCUUUGGAGAGGGUAAUUGAGGAGCGUGCCAAGAAGCUAGAAACGCUGGAGAAACCCGAAGAAGACAAUAAGAAAUGCAGACCUGGAGAACCAGAAUUCAUGAAGAUUCACGCCAAACUCCGAGCAAGAAUGGACUCAAAGUGAUUUGUAGAGAGACCUGUGUCAGCUACUAACCAUGUCAGAACAUCACUUUGCUGACAGAUCUGUAGAUAACAAACAGUGUGACAAUGGCAUUUAUUAUUAAGUAUGGCAACAUUGUGAUCGUCGAAUAUCCAAAAACAUGUCCAUUAAUAUUGCGACUGCCAUAUCCUGUGGAUCAUGAGUACUUGUCUGUCUGCUGCACUUUAGUCAUUUAGGUUGUGGAUUGUAAGUAUUCAGAGCAUGCUGGCCUCUAUUUUAAUAUAUUACAAACCUUUUACUGGUUGCACUGAGCAUUUGUGUAAAUGGACCUUCAUUGUCAGAAGAAAUUCUGUUUUUGUCCAUGAACCAGAGUAUUGUCUAAUAUUCUGGACCUCUUCCUAAUGCUGCGCUAUAAUAUUAGGUUACUGUACAAUUGAUAAAAUAUAUGACGUGACGGAUCACCGCUGAGUCUCGGAUGUUCCUGCGCAUUUACUGUCAGAUGCCCUUGUGAGCUAUGCAGUUCCAGUCACUUGCUAUGUACUCACUGAGGCAAUAGUGUUUGUGUAUUUGUAGUAUAUUGCGUGAAUAUAGUGUUUACACGAAACAAAUUUUUGGUAUUCAGCAUUAAAUGCACAUUUGAAUAUUUAAAACAUGGAAGGUUUACAUUACAGGUGCCAGGUUCUGCAUAGGCAGGCCAGAGAGUUGGUGUGUGAAGUAUUCAGAUACUUCAUGCGUGUAACAGAUGCUGGCCCGCUAGUCUGUUAUGUUACCAGGGCAUGAGAUGUCUCUAUCUCUCUUUCUUUCUCUUUCUGUGUCAUCUGCCUUUGUUAGUCAGUAUAGGCGGUUAAUUCAGCAUUGGAGUUCUGAUUUAUUGGGUUCAUACAUCAAAUAAAGUAUUAAGAUGUCUUAACUUCUUCAAAUUCCUGUCAUUCUGAAGGGAGCAAUUUAGACAUAAUGGAAUAUAAGGAGUAAAAAUUUAAUUAUAUUCUGAAAUUUGUUUGCCAUAGGUCUCUUGUUAAAAUAACAAGUUUUAAAAUAAUUUUAUAAUUUAGAUUGUAACUGGAUAAUUUUUUUUUUGGUUGUGACAUACAUUUAUGUGUCCGUGUUAGUGUGUCUUAUAUUAUGGCACAGAUGGUUGUCAUUCAGAUUUAAAUACUUCCCAUAUUUCUCCUGUAGUACACUGAAGAGAGGUUUUUGAUAUCUUUUGGCCAAAAUAGUGUCAAAAUUUCUUUAUUUGAAGAUAUGGCUUUUGUAAUGUGCUUCAGAAGCCCAGUAUGGGAGUGUCAGAUGUGCAGGAAAACUCUGGUUAAAUGACACAAGUUGGCGUAACCCUGCAAGGGCUUCCCAAACCAACAGCAAAUUGCUGUUUUCCAUAACAGACCAUAUUUUAUUGAAUAUAUUUUUAUUGCUUGCAGACUUGUUUUAAGAAAAAAAGGCUGUAUUUUAAAUGUUUAUGCUUUUUAUUUUUAUUGAUAGUUUCAAGCCAUAUAAUCAAGAAUAAACUUAUUUAUCUCAUGAAGAUACCAAAUUAUAACAAACAGUACUUAAUGCAUGGAGCUGAGUCCUUCCAGCAGUCGCUCAGCCACUCAAGAAGUUCCCAACAUUUUAUGGAACCUGAA